AUGUUGCGUUUCCUUGGAUUCUCUUCGGCAAGUAACGACGCCAAGCCAGAGCCUUCACGAAGUCUUCCAGCUUCGUGGUACAGGUCUCCAGAACUGCAUCAGCUCGAGAGAAGAGCAAUUAUAUCAAGAAAGUGGAUCCUGGUGACACAUUCGCUACGCUUCAAACAAGCGGGCGAGUUUGUCUCCUUCGUCUACGCCGACUUCCCUUUCUUCCUCGUCCAAGACCGCGAUGGCAAUAUCAACGGCUUUCACAAUGUGUGCCGCCACCGAGCAUAUCCUGUCGUCGAGAAGAAGUCUGGCAAGGCGAGCAUACUAAGCUGCAAGUACCACGGCUGGUCAUACGGGUUCAAGGGCAAUCUUGCCAAAGCGCCGAGAUUCGAUACGGUAACCGGCUUCGACAAGAGCCAAAAUGGCCUUCUCCCAAUCCACGUUCGCGUGGAUCCCGCUGGCUUCAUUUGGGUUAACCUCCAAGCAGGCGAACCAGACGUCAAGUGGGAAGACGAGUUUGGCGGUGUUUACCAGAAGCCGCGUAUGCAAAACUUUGACUUUGCAGGAGGCUACAAUUAUGACCACGUCUGGGAUAUGGAGCUGGAGGCCAACUGGAAGGCCGUCAUUGAGAAUUACAACGAGUGCUACCAUUGCCCAACAUCACACCCCUUGAUUGCGGGAGUGUCGGACUUGACGAAAUAUCAAGUAAAGCCAAGUGGAGGUUGCUUGGAGCACGAGAUCAUCAACAAGAAGGCUCAAGACGAGGAAGACGAGUUUCGACGCUCGAUCACCUUUUUUUACCCCUCAACUUCAGUGACGAUCACUCAGAACUUUUUCUACAUCCAGCGAAUGAUUCCAAUCAGCGCAACCAAAACCCGAAUCGAGAACGAGGUGUAUCGCUCUCACGACUCCACCGAUGCCGAUUUCGCCGCCAUCAAUGCGUUCUACAAGCAGGUAUUAGAGGAAGACCGAGAGUUGUGCAUUGGCGCACAGGAAAACCUCAGUGCUGGCGUCUUCAUUAGCGGCGAGCUUCAUCCAGAAAAAGAGAGGGGUCCGAUUCAUUUUCAAAACACGGUUCGAGAGGAGGUGAUGAAGCACCGGCAAAGGGAGUUGGAGCAAGGAGGCCGAGAAAUCUGGCCAGCCACGCCCAACCUACUCGGCCAGACGGGCACAGGGAAACUGAAUGAAGACGAGGCUUUCUGCUCGGAACUCGAGAAAGCUAACUGUGGUGGCCGAGAGGAACUAGCCUGGUGA